AUGAGCGCACUGAAAUGCAAAAUUGAUCUGAAGGAAGGUCGUCCAAGCUUGCUUGACUGCUACAACUUCUUGAAUGGCACACUGGCAUUCACCGGUGACAAUUUGUUUAACUGUGUCAUUCAAUUUCAGUUCGUAGUUCUGUGCGCGUUUGUGGCGGUGUCCCAGGCGGGUCUCCUGCCAGUGCAACAAUACUCUUCAGCCGCGGCUGUAUCCUCGCAGAACAUUGUGCGCCACGACCAGCCCAAGCUCGUGGCUUCCGCUCCCGUAGCCUACCACGCCGCUCCCGUUGCCUACCACGCCGCUCCCGUUGCCUACCAAGCUGCUCCCGCUGCCGUCACUUACCACGCUACUCCAGUAGCUAAAGUGGCCGUUGCCGCUCCUGUUGCCUACCACGCCGCUCCUGUUGCUAAGGUCAUCGCUCAACAUGCUGAAGAGAUCGCCUAUCCUAAAUCUCAGCAGGAGGUACGCGAUGGUGAUGUCGUGAAGGGUUCCUACUCUUUCCACGAGGCUGAUGGCUCCAUUAGGACCGUAGAGUAUACCGCCGACGACCACAAUGGUUUCAACGCAGUAGUGCACAACACUGCUCCUGUCGUCAAGGCCGCCCCUGUAGUGGUCAAGGCCGCCGCUCCCGUACUCUCUUACUACCACCACUAAGCGCAGCAUUAAAUUGUUCAGCAGAUAACACAAACUACUAUUACCUAUUUA